CAAUGAGCGAUCAAUAAGGCUCAUGGCCUAGGUUGGUGACCUCCAUUGCACUUCGGAGGGGUGCCCGUCUAAGGUCUGCCCAAAGUGGCAGAGCCUACGUCAUAAUUUGUGGUAGUGGGGGCCUGCGUUCGCGCGGCCCCUUCCCAAUCAUAGUACGAUUAAAUAAUACUCGGCACAAUUCAAAAUAGUAUCAUAAUUACUCAUGGAUAAAUGAUGAUUAAAUCUAUAAACUGCGCUCUAAGUAAAACCGGUUAAUUAAAUUUCGUUCAAACUAAGUCGUCACUACAGAUCGCGCGCGCUUCUCUGUAUGGUGGCAACUGUGAUUAGUGUUUUAUUUAAGUAACCAUCUGAUCUUGGACUAGGGUAGUGAAUCGGAUCUUCGUUUUCACGAUAUGUUCUUUACCGAGUGAUUUCGGAUUCCAUUUUUGUUGUGGCUUCUCCAUAUUCGGCUGGAGGUUUGAGAUUCUAUUCCCUACUCAAACCGUCGAUUAUUCUACUCGGUCAUCUUUCAUAAAAUUUCUGAAAGUGUAUUUAUGUUUCUGGACUGAAAAUUCGCGUAAAUCGAACCAGGAUAGUUCAAUACAUCUAAUCUUUCGAUCGCGAGUUGUUCUUGUUGAGAAUUUUCCAUUUCUCACUCGUUUGUUAUGUUAGUGUUCGUAUUUGCUCCUGGAGAAAAAGUGUAGAAAGCUAUUUGUGGCGUUUUUGUUCAGCGGCAAUACUGUUGUUUGCUAUCUGUGGUUUGGGGUUAGUGUACUUUGCCGAGGAUUCGAAUUUUAGUUCUGGGGCGAUGUUUGUUUCCGCACUUCUAACGUCCGUGGGAAUAAAUUCUGCAAUAUGUUUUUCGUUUCUGGUGCUCUAUUCUAUAUUGAGAAAACAACCGGCUUACUAUAGCAUUUAUAUACCACGCUUGGUGGCUGAAGGAAAGACUAAACAGAGAAGUGAUUUCAACCUAGAAAGAUUAAUACCCUCUGCCAAUUGGUUGAAAAAAGCUUGGAUGCUUUCUGAAGAGGAGCUUUUGUCUUCCUCGGGUCUGGAUGCGGUAGUUUUUAUGCGAAUUGUAACUUUCAGCCUGAAGGUGCUUUUAUUUGCUGGGGUCAUUGGAAUUUUUGUUCUCCUUCCAGUCAACUGUUCUGGAGAUCAACUUGCGGAUGUUGACAUUGCUAAUAUUUCAAAUAACUCCCUAGAUGUAUUCACUAUCUCCAAUGUAAAGGACGGAUCACACUGGUUAUGGAUCCACUUUUCAGCUGUGUAUCUUAUCACUGCGUAUAUAUGCUGUCUACUGUACUAUGAGUACGACUAUAUUUCUUCAAAAAGGAUUGAAUAUUUUUGUUCAUCCAAGCCUCUAUUUCAUCAGUUUACCAUCUUAGUUCGUGGAAUUCCUGCUUCUCCAGGAAGAAACAUCAGCGACACUGUUGAGAAUUUCUUCACUGAGUAUCACCCUUCAACCUAUCUGUCUCAUACAGUUGUUCGUCGGACAAGCAAACUUCGAGGCCUCAUUCAUGAUGCGAAAACAUAUUACAGAAAGCUUGUUCGCUUACAAUCAAAUCCUGCACAAGUAAAUUCUAAUCGUGGCAGUUGUUUUGGAUUGUUCAGAAGGAAGGCUGAUCUUGUUGAUCGAUAUGGAAAAAGGUUAGGAGACAUAGAACAACAUCUGAGAUUAGAACAAUCGGAGGUUUCAUCGGCUGGAAAAGAAGUUCCAGCUGCUUUUGUAUCCUUCAAGUCACGUUAUGGUGCUGCCAUUUCUAUGCAUAUGCAACAAUCGAAUAAUCCCAUUCAAUGGGUCACAGAGCAAGCUCCCGAGCCUCACGAUGUAUAUUGGCCUUUCUUUUCUUCAACAUUUAUGCAAAGAUGGUUAUCUAAGCUGGGAGUUGCGGUUGCAUGUUUCCUUCUUAUUGUCCUAUUUUUUAUACCAGUUGUUUUGGUGCAAGGACUGACUAACCUUAAUCAGUUGCAAAUUUGGUUUCCGUUCCUUAAAAGCAUUCUUACCAUAACAUUCAUUAGUCAAGUAAUAACAGGAUAUCUUCCUAGCCUUAUUCUUCAAAUGUUUAUGAAGAUGGUGCCCCCUAUUAUGGAAUGUCUCUCAUCCAUCCAAGGAUAUAUUUCUUUAAGUGACAUAAAAAAGAGUGCAUGUUUCAAAGUAUUGUGGUUCACCAUAUGGAAUGUUUUCUUUGCUACUGUCUUCUCGGGAACAGCUCUGUCUCAACUAUCAUUGGUCUUUGAGCCAAAAAAUAUUCCUACGAAGCUUGCUGUGGCUGUACCCGGACAGGCUUCAUUUUUUAUUGCUUAUGUUGUCACAUCUGGAUGGACGAGCUCACUAUCUGAACUCAUCAACCUCUUCCCUCUUAUUACCAGUCUUGUGACGAGACCUUUCAGUGGAAACUCGGACGACGAAUUAGAAGUUCCAUCCAUUCCUUACCACAAGGACAUUCCAAAUAUUCUUUUUUUUGUACUUCUUGGUAUCACAUAUUUCUUUCUAGCUCCACUUAUUUUGCCCUUCCUUUUUGUCUACUUCAGUCUGGAGUACAUAGUCUAUCGCAACCAGUUCCUAAAUGUGUAUGCACCCAAGUAUGAAACUGCUGGGAAGUUCUGGCCUAUUGCACACAGUUGCAUGAUAUUUUCUUUGUUACUCAUGCAUGCUAUAGCUGUGGGAAUAUUCACACUGAAGGGGCUUCCCCUCGCUUCAACUUUAGUGGUUCCUCUCCCCAUUUUAACUCUUCUUUUUAAUGAAUACUGUCGGAAACGGUUCCUACCCAAUUUUUCUGCUUAUUCUGCAGAAGCUUUGAUAACGAAGGAUAGAGAAGAUCAAAAUGAUCCUGCAAUGGCUGAAUUUUUUGAUAAAUUGGUCACCGCGUAUGGUGAUCCGGCCUUGAUGCCUGUAAGCUUCACUACAAAUGCCGACAGUCUUAACCGCCCGCUGAUGUCUGAGGAUUAGAAAUUACCGAUGGAUAUAUCUUUAGCGACUGGUGAUGAUGUAUAUUGCAACAUGCAUGUGUGAUGAGGUUAGGUGAAGUUGCUUGCUGUUUAGUUGAUGAAUGAUGAAGAGUGUCGUUUUAACUUUCAAGACCAUUUGUGUUUUGGUUUUCAAGUCUUUGUAACAUAAUAUCAUAUCAGUAGAAAGAUUGAAUAAAAAGUCUAUGAUAGGGUAAAGAUACUGUAAUUGGGAAAGACUAUGUACAGAUUUAUGAUUGAUUAGAGGAAAAGUGUCUCUAUCCUUUAAUUUUCA